UGCAGUCGUUAGUUUAAGGUGCGCCAGCGGAAAGCCAAUCAACGGUAUCUUCAUAGUUUGUUGUUGAAAGAGUUCGACUAAGUGAAUCGACAAUGAAAAUGAACAGUAAUAAGAAGUCUUCUAGUGCUAAGAAAGGAAAAAUUCCUCAAGAAAAAUUAUUCUGUAAUUAUGUGCAUAGGGUAUGCAUGCAGACACGUUUAGAUGGUUAUGAUUAUUGCCUAAGGCAUAUAUUAGAAGAUAAAACAGCACCAUUCAAACAGUGCAGUUUUGUUCAUCCUCAGAAUGGCAAACGUUGCACUAAAGCUGCUCCUAAAAAUGAUAAGAAAGAUGGCGUGUGUCCUUGGCAUGCUAGAAAAGCACUUUUAAACAGAAGAGCUGCAAGCAUGAAAAGAACAGUUCAGUCUCCCAAAGCAAUUUUAGAAGCAUUGGAACAUUAUUGUGCUGGACCACAUGAUUCUCAAAACAUUAGUGGAAAUUGGAAUUAUUCAUCAACUGACAAUGGAACUCACUCCAAUUUUUCUCUAAGUAAAUUUAUAGGUAAGUUCAGAUUUUAAUUUUUAUUUUUACCUUUAUUA